CCAAAGUCCGUAGACAUAAGUUUCGUCCGCUUUGAACACACAUACGUACACAACUUGAUUGCUCUCUUAUUUUUCUACUUCUCGACUUACGUAUGUGCGUAAGACGUACAUGCUCACAUGGUGCAUACGCUUUCCCGCCUCUGAAAGGCUGUAGAACUUGCAAGGAUCAGAUUUUUUCCUCCAGGUGGCUUUGCUUGCUUGCUUACAUUACACGAGAGAAAAAAGAACAUAACAAAUUAAAAAAGGGACCCAACGGUCAGACGAUUUUGAAAUUUCUCUGCAUUUCUACGGAAUGAUCCCUUAGUCGCCAAGAUGGAUGAAAUACUCAGCAAAGGUGGCGAGCGUUACACGCUCCGGACGUCAGGAUUUGGGUGUGAUGACGAAUGUAGACAAUUACAUGCUUGUCGAACCAGGUCAUCGUCUUUGAUAGGAUACGAAAGACUCGAGGGGAUUAUCACACUCGCAGAUCAGUAUUGCGGGCACAAGGACAGAGGAUGUUCGGGCACCUGCGAGUCCGAUCAAGUAUUGUGUAAUGCGUGUGCGGAGGGUAAAUGUCAUGAGGUCCACCAUUAAGCCACGUUCCGCUUAUACCCUGGAGAGAGAAGUGGAGAGGGAAAGGGAGAGACAGAAACGUAAAAAUCCAGAGUUGGGGGAUGCUUAAUGAUGGAGAGAUCUGAUCUCAGAGCUCUGGAAUGUUCGUACCGGGAAGUAAUACGGGUUGUGUAUCUUGAUGUACUUGUACGGUAACAUGUAAGGGGGUAAUAAUGGUCAGGAAUAUAAUAUAAGUGUGUGCGUCUUUGCUUUUGGUUCUGGUCCAGACUUCUAUUGCCUAUAUUGGCAUAUAUCAAAACCGUACAAUGAUGACUUUAUAGAGGGGGACCCCUUCACUUAAAAUCUGAUGUUAUUGAGAUAUAACGGUCCAUGCGUCGUUCGUCCUACUCUGCAAACCUCGUGGCUAGACAGGGAUUCCGGGUUUCAUUAUGGUGGAGAUCACUAUGUAGUCCGCGCUUCCCGGAGCCUUUCCGAGGCGAACUAGUUGAUACCGGGGUUGCGGGAUCGGGCACGCGAGCCGCAAUUCCCAUGAAGAAAAGCUCA